GGCUUACAUUAAAAGCAUUUCAAUACCAUUUAAAAAUCCAAAAUAUACAAAAUAAUUUAACAGUCAAAAUCCUUGAAACUGAUUAAAAUGUAUUCAAAGCUAAAACCAGAGCACUCCCUGCCUGGCAUGAUCUUAACAUCUGAACAUUCCCCAAUAGGAAAGGUAUGUGAAAGAAGAAAGGAGAGAAAAGAGGAACAAAACUUAGCACAUUUUAAAAAGUAAUAUAUUGAGCUUUACUCACAAUCCUUUCAAAAUAAAAUGUUUGGCAUAAUUUUCACAGUAGCACUUUGGUUAACCGUUAAUGCAUUAUUUUUGAAAUGCUUCUUCAUUGUUGUUACAAAAUAAAUUUAAACUAGAACUUGUCCCAAAUUCCACCCAAAAUACACAGAAAAAGUAACAAUUUUAAGGUAAUUUUACUACUUUGUUCCUUUUAAGGAUAUUGUUAUGUCAUUGUUACACCCAAAAUAAAUGUUAUAAGUAAUAUUGUUAAGUGGAAUGUAUUAGUGGCAAACUGAAUAUGUGAGUGUGUCUGAGUGAGACAGAAAAGUUUCUGUAUGUAUCUUACAGAGAUUGUGAGGGAGUCAGUGCAUGAGAAUGGAAAAAAGAGGGGUACAUCGCUAACCAGCAGAAGUGAAUUGAAGUGCAAAUCCGCCAAGUCGGUAACUAGCCAAAACAAUUGGUCCUGCCAAAGUUAUAAAAUCUAAGAUAUUAUAUAUAUGUGUAGACAUGCAGACAUACAAAGAGAGCAGUAAGAAAUCAUAAAACUAUACAAUACAACUGAGAAAUGCAAAUGAAAACACAAUGUAAUACAAAGCAAACUGAGAAUAAGUGCAAUCAAAUAUCUAGACAGAUUCAAACUCUUAGCCUUGAAUGGUGAUUUUACCUAAGACUUAGGGCUACAUCACAUGGAAUAGGAGAAAAUGUAGGAAAGCCAAAGUUAUAAAAUCUAAGACAGGGGUCCCCAAACUAAGGCCCGGGGGCCGGAUGCGGCCCAUCGAAGCCAUUUAUCCAGCCCCCACGGCACAAGGGCAGAAGAGGGUUGGGCUAAAUGACCCAAGGGGUCUCUUCUUCUCUUCCAACCCUUAUUAUUAUUAUUAUUAUUAUUAUUAUUAUUAUUAUUAUUAUUAUUAUUAUUAUUAACAUUGAGGCUGGGUGGCCAUCUGUCAGGGGUGCUUUGCUUGUGCGUUUGGUGCACAAAGGCAAAAGGGGAUUGGACUCUAUGGCCCAAAGGGUCUCUUCCAACACUUUUUUAUUGUUGUUGUUGUUGUUGUUAUUGCUCGGUGGCCAACUAUAGCCCUCCAACGGUCCGAAGGAUCGUGAACUGGCCCCCUGUUUUAAAAGUUUGGGGACCCCUGAUCUAAGAUAUUAUAUAUAUGUGUAGACACAUACAGACAUACAAAGAGAGCAAUAGCAAAUCACAAAACUAUACAAAACAACUGAGAAAUGCAAAUAAAAACACAAUGUAAUACAAAGCAAAUUGAGAAUAAGUGCAAUCAAAUAUCUAGACAGAUUCAAACUCUUAGCCUUGAAUGGUGACUCUGCCUAAAACUUAGGACUUCACCAGAUUUAGUGGGGGGAAAUGGGAGAAAGCGGGGAAAAGCGGAGGGAACCAUCUUACUCCAUUCCCUCCCAUUUCCCCAUCUUGAGAGCCAUCCCACAUUCUUACCUAUCUUUCCCCCUCUUUCUCCUGUCUUAUGGCUGUUUGAAGAUGGGUGUAGGACUCUGUUUCCAUGUACUGUGGAAACUGAACCCCACCAAAAGUGCUCUUACAUCAUGCAAUGGCCUCCAUGGGGCUCCCUUUCUCCAGAGCAUAGAAAUGGAGCCCUACAUCUCUUUGAUGAGGGUGUUAAUGAACCUCCUGUUUUUGCUCCCAGUGCAAGACUAUGGACUAGCCAGCAGUACUCCAUAGUUGCUCCUCAAAUAUGUGUCCAUAGUCUUGCACCAGGAGUGUUGCUGUAUUAUGGGUGUAGUUUAGUGAGUCAGAAAAGAUGGAUACUGUAAUGAAGUACGAAUUUUUGGUUUACAGAUGUUAUGUUUAUGUCAGAACCCUGCUACUAGAGCCUGGAUGUGGCUCUGAGUUUCAGGGUCACUGACAUUGAUAAGACACCUGCGGCUCAGGACUCGGAGAAGAAACGGCUGCUGGACUUGGCGGGGAAUUUGCGUGGGGUUUUGCUGAGCGGGAAGAGACUUUUCAAAUGAGGGGGAGGGUAUAUAAAGGAUGGUUGGCCGGAGCCUCCCAUUCUUGGCUUUUUCGAUGUUCAUGUUUCCUACAGUAAAAGUUUCUGGUGAUAUCACAGAGAGUCUCGUGUGUUCAUUCAGGAGCGGCUGUGGUGAGCUGACACUAAGCCAAGAAUACGGACACCAUCCCGCUGUAGCGGUGAGGUGUAACAUGCAAGUGGAGGAUGAAGAGCUCUUGGGCGCAGGAGGAGGAAGGUCGGAAAGGGCCACUCCCGAGCCGGACGCUGAGUUCCACCAGCUGGCGGCCCUGGCGUCAUCCACCGCUUAUGCCCAGCCAAAUGGGGUAACCCAGAGGCGUGGAGUGGUGCGGGGAGACAGCACCGGAGGAGAGGAAGGUUCACCUUCCCCAGGCCCACAAAGGAUGGUGUUUCUGGAGGAGAGGAUGUCGGCGAUGGAGACCACCCUGGCAGUGAUGUCGAGGGCGAUGGAGCGCCUGGCGUUUUUGGCGGAGCCAGAGAGAGGAAGGGAACUUCGGGCUGGCUCAAUGUGGGACGUGAGCGUGGGAAGCAGCCAGGGCUUUGCAGACCUCCCAGCACCGAAGGGAAGGGAAAUGCGAAAGGAGCCCGGCGCCCGGCCCAAGACCCAAACAAGCCUGACGCGGGUGGAGGAGAGUGACGACGAAGGGGAAAAACCUCCGAGAAUCCCAGCUACGCUCCCAGCUGAGACCCUGGUGCCCCUGGCGAAUGCCGGGCGUGGCACAGGGCCAAGAGAAGCAGCAGCGGGGCCCACUGGUCCGCAAGGGGGCUUGCGACGGGCGGAGAAUUGGGGAUUGCCACCACAGGGACCCCUACCGAGACGAGAGGAACUAAGGAUCGAGUUUGGGGGAGAGUCCUCUGAACUGGAUUUUUUCCUGACCACGGUGAGGGGCUAUAUGGAGGACAAUGCUCACACUUUUAGAACGGAAUCCAGCCGGAUACGGGCCAUUGGUGCAGUGUUGAAGAGGGGAGCGGCCAGCUGGUACGUUCAGCUGCACGCGCGGCGCGACCCAUGUCUGGGGUCACUCCGACGCUUUAUGGGGGCCCUGGAGACCCGUUUCCGAGAUCCACUGGAGCAGAUCCGGGCGAGGGAGAAGUUGAAGACCGUCUCCCAGGGGCAGAGGUCGGUAUCUGAGUAUGCGGAGGAGUUCCAAUGCCUCGCCGAAAAGGUGCCGGAAUGGUCUGCAGUAACAAAGAUAGAACUCUUCAAAGAGGGUCUCAGGCGGGAGAUCCUCUCCUGGGCGGUGCAUCGUGAUGAGCCUGACACACUGCGCGGAUGGAUUCAGCUGGCGGGGCGCGUCGAGACAUCGCUGGCCCAGGCGAGGAGGCACCGAGGAGGGCUACAGCAGCGGCCGCAGAUGAAAGAGGGGAGCCGGAAGGAGGGAUCAACCCCAGCCGGGAGGAGAACGGAGCCGACAGGGAACGUGAGCGCCAGCAGGAGUGGCUGCUUCGUGUGCGGCCGGUUGGGCCACAGGGCUGCCGAGUGCUGGCAGAGAAAAGGGGAAGGCGGAGGCCAGCCCAAACCAAGAGCCGUGGCAGGAAAACGCGCCGAGGAAGAACCACCGAUGAGGCACCACUCGGGGGGGUUGGACGAAGGGGAGGAGGACGCCAUGUCAGAACCCUGCUACUAGAGCCUGGAUGUGGCUCUGAGUUUCAGGGUCACUGACAUUGAUAAGACACCUGCGGCUCAGGACUCGGAGAAGAAACGGCUGCUGGACUUGGCGGGGAAUUUGCGCGGGGUUUUGCUGAGCGGGAAGAGACUUUUCAAAUGAGGGGGAGGGUAUAUAAAGGAUGGUUGGCCGGAGCCUCCCAUUCUUGGCUUUUUCGAUGUUCAUGUUUCCUACAGUAAAAGUUUCUGGUGAUAUCACAGAGAGUCUCGUGUGUUCAUUCAGGAGCGGCUGUGGUGAGCUGACAGUUUAAUUGUGUGUUUGUGUUUUAAAAGGGUAAGUAUUACAGUUAUUGCGUCACAGCACUCAGAGGCUGGUUGCCAUGGAGAAGUAGGUGGAGCCAACUGCCGUUUAGUUGAAGAAGUACAGAGUUUAAAAAAGAGGUCAGUCUGUGCUCUGAUGAGGCACAGGGAAGAUUGAUCCUAGGUUGAUGGGAUCAAGGGGACUCAAUUGUUUAUUUUGAGUCGGUUUAAAAUAAGUUUGGUGACUUAUUUAAAGUAGUCUGUGUCCUGGUAAGGAACAGAGAAUCUGUGAUCGUAUAUCACAGGGGUGACUGCGGUUUAAAAGUAGCAGAGAAAGAAGUGACACUUUAGAGAGUUGACUCAUCUCAUUCUAGUAUUGUAACUGUUAAUAAAAAUACCUCUAAGUGAGAACAAUAUUGUAACCACUAAGCUC